UCUGCUAAAGCAUCUACAGGCGCUGGCUGUGACUGAUAAUGGAUCUUCAAGGCUUCAACUUCGAAGAAGUAUGAGAAUUGAUAACUAAAAGAGCAGAGUUACUUACAGCAGAGCUUAAGCUAGUAGAAGCUAGGGCACAGCCAUGGCAUCUCUCUCUAGAUCACCGCCACUAGUCCACCACCAGAUAAACUCCCUCACUCUCAACCCGUGCCCCGUAACUCUAUCCUUCCCUUUCCUCAAAACGACGGCGCUCCAGGCCCGUCUCUGUGCCCUGAAGACCGGAGCGGACGGGGGCAGCAGAACCGGGAGGCCAGGAACGCAGGGACCCGACCCGGGAUUGCUUCGGAAGCCGGUGGUGUCGUCCGGGAAGGACAUGGAUGGAAUUUCUGAUGAAGAUGAAGGAGAAGACGGGAAAUGGGUCGAUUGGGAAGAUAAGAUUUUGGAAGACACGGUUCCUCUGGUUGGGUUCGUGAGGAUGAUACUUCAUUCUGGGAAAUACGAGAGCGGAGAUAGAUUGAGCCCUGAGCAUGAGAAGACUGUUCUUGAGAGGUUGCUUCCAUUUCACCCUGAAGCUCAGAAGAAGAUCGGUUCUGGGAUUGAUUAUAUCACAGUUGGUUAUCAUCCUGAUUUUGAAAGUUCAAGAUGUUUGUUCAUUGUUCAAAAGGAUGGAACAUUGGUCGACUUUUCAUACUGGAAGUGCAUAAAGGGGCUGAUAAGGAAGAACUAUCCUCUAUACGCAGACAGCUUCAUCCUCAGACAUUUCCGAAAGCGCAGACGUGGUUUAUGAAGCCAAAUAAUCAAACCAUCUGACUUUGUAUAACCUGUAUGUUAAAAGAAAAUUUUUGUUGCCUCCAUAUUGCUUGUUAUAUGCCAGUUUUAAUUGUCAGAUUAAAGGUCAAGAAAGUAGCAGUAGUAGAUAUUGAAAAUUCUUUCAAGGUAGAGAUGCACCUGUUACAAUGAAACUACGGUAACAAAUGCUGUGGCACAAAAACUGUAUUUGGCCUUUGAUAUAUUCUCUUAAAUGAAAUGGAGUGGGUGGUAUUCUCUCUCUCU